GCUGCGGUACUGAACUUUCGCAUCAUUCUUAUGGUCUGUUACAGCAAUCGCCUCCCCGUUCUUGCGCAAAAGAUAUCGUCAGAGUUGGCUGAAGCCGAGUCUACAGCAAUGCUCAACCCAGAGCCAAAGCCCAAGCCCAAGGGUGUGCACAAGAAUCCAUCUCCCCUGCUUCUUCUCUUCGAAAGAAGCAGCAAACUGAUUAA